AUGGCGCAGGCAGGAGGUCCCUCUGCUCAAGCGCUGGUCCUGGUGGAGGACAGCGAGGGUUUCACCACCGGCCCCGGUGAAGCCGUGGUGGUGCAGGACCUCAGCGAUGCUGGAGGUGCGUUGGCCAACGGUGACCUGGCCAUGAGUCACUGCGACGCGGCCGCUGCCCGCGACGCUCCGUUCCUUGGCCCUGCUAUUUUUGGGUCCGGUAAUUCCGAGGAUCUGAGCAAUGGCCAGACAGCCUUGGGCUCGGGCUCCUUCCAGCCGGGUGUCGUCUUCGGGGCAGGAACUGAUGCUUCAAAGGCCUGGAAGUGCUACACCCCGCAGCAGGGCAAUGAUCAGCUGAACUCAGAAGAGAAGAAGAAAAGAAAGCAGAGAAGGAACAGAACUACCUUCAACAGCAGCCAGCUCCAGGCAUUAGAGAGGGUCUUUGAGAGGACACACUACCCUGAUGCCUUUGUACGGGAAGACCUUGCACGCAGAGUCAACCUCACUGAAGCCAGAGUUCAGGUGUGGUUCCAGAACCGGAGAGCCAAGUUUCGCCGAAACGAGAGGGCGAUGCUGGCCAGCAAGAAUGCCUCUCUGCUCAAAUCCUACUCAGGGGAUGUGACGGCCGUGGAGCAGCCCAUAGUACCUCGCCCAGCUCCGAGACCCACCGACUAUCUCUCCUGGGGUACCGCCUCGCCUUACAGUGCCAUGGCCACCUACUCCGCCACGUGUACCAACGCCAGCCCGGCGCAGGGCAUGAACAUGGCCAACAGUAUUGCCAACCUGAGACUGAAGGCAAAGGAAUAUAGUUUACAGAGGAAUCAAGUGCCCACAGUCAAUUAACGACUGGAGGCAGCUGCCUUGCAGAAGGAGAAAAUGCAACAGCACCCGUCCUGCUUCGCAACUUGUUUGUGCUGAAAGAAAAAAAAAACACAAAACAAAAAAAAAAAACCAAACCAAAAAAAAAA